ACUCCCUGCGCUAUUUCUGUACAUCUGUGUCAGAGCCUGGUGAGGGAUUGCCUCAGUUUAUUGCUGUUGGAUAUUUGGACAACCAGGUUAUUUGUCGGUAUGACAGCAACUGCAGGAGGUCCUCGGCACAAGCACCCUGGAUGGAGAAGGCAGAUGCACAGUCCUGGAACACAGAGACCCAAAUAAUGCAGUUCAAAGAAGAAGAAGUCAGAGAACACCUGACAACCUUAAUGCAUCACUACAACCAGAGUGAAGGGCUUCACACCUUGCAGGUGAUGUAUGGCUGUGAGCUGAGAGGAGAUGGGAGCAAAGGAGGAUAUUACCAGUAUGCCUAUGAUGGGAGGGACUUCAUCAGUCUGGACAAGGAGACCCUCACCUGGGUGGCAGCUGAUGUGCAAUCCCAAAUUCUUAAGAGGAGGUGGGAUCUUAACCCUCUCAUUGCUGAUUUCACGAAGGCCUACCUGGAGGAGACCUGCAUUGAGUGGCUGAAGAAAAAUUUGGACAAUGGGAAGGAGACACUGCUGAGGUCAGAGCCUCCUGUGGGGAAGGUCACACGCCGAGCAGUUGGGGGUGGCUAUGAAACCCUCAUCUGCCAAGCCCAUGGCAUCUACCCCAAAGAGAUUGACACCACCUGGAGAAAAGGAGAAGAGAUCCUAGAACAUGAGACCUUCCGCAGGAACAUCGCUCCCAACUCUGAUGGGACGUAUCAUACUUGGAUCAGCAUCGAGAUUGAUCCCAAGGAGAGGGAUCUCUACCGGUGCCACAUGGAUCAUGCCAGCCUGCCAGAGCCUCUGGUCUUGGCCUUCAAAGAGCCUGGCGCCAACAUGAUUUUCAUUGUGGGAGCUACCUUAGGGAUCUUGGCUACUGUCGUGUUGGUUCCUGGGUCUGUCUUCUUCAUACGUAAGUAAACUCUGAAUUCAGUUC